AUGUCGUCACAAACCCAGAAGCGAAAGCACAAAACGUUGACAAUUAAAGAAAAAUGUGAUAUUUUAGAUCGCUUAAAUCGCAAUGAAACUUUCAGUAGUUUAGCAAGAGAGAAACUUUCUAACGAUGCCACCUGCAAGCCCUUUAAAUUAAGAUUUUUGCAAAAGGUGAACGAUUUUAAUCUUGACCCGUCACAGGUGUAUAAUGCAGACGAAUCAGGGCUUUUUUGGCGUGUGAUGCCUAACAAAACUUUCGUUUCUUGUAACGAAAAAGACGUACCUGGACGAAAAGUGAGUAAAGAGCGUGUAACCAUACUACCAUGUGCUAAUGUGCAUACACACGCGCUUAAGAUGGUGGUCAUUGGGAAAUCUAAUAAACCAAGGGCAUUCAAAAACAUUGAUUUACCUUGGUUUGAUGAAUGCUUCGUACCUGAAGUUAGAAAAUGGUUAAAAGAUCAUAAUUUUCCUCAAAAAGCGUUGUUGCUUCUUGAUAACGCUCCCGGUCAUCCGUCUGAAGAAGAACUGACAACUGAGGAUAAAUGCAUCACUGCGAUGUUUCUUCCGCCAAAUUGCACUGCACUGAUUCAACCAAUGGACCAGAACAUCAUUCAAUAUAAUCACCACUUAGCAACGAUCCACAAAAGUGUAACUUCGGAAGUUAUAGAACAAGUCUCUACUGAAACACAGAUAAGUCCGGAAGAUUUGGAAGUCUGGUACCGUGGAAUGGAUAAAGAAGAAAAUGUUUUUCUUGAAAUGUCUGACAAAGAUAUUAUAAAAGAGGUUUCUAAUAAUACAACAAACGAUCAGGAAGAUAACGACGACGUGAUUGCAACAUCCACAAGUCACAGAUCAAGACGCAGUUAA